UGCUCAUGUCCAUCAUUUGCAGGAAAUAAUGGCUUCGUCGUAGUAAAAUCCACUCCUGUCCUUAAACUUAGCUCUCCUGGCGUAAACAGACACGACCAUGUGACCUGUUAUAGUGUGUUAUAUUGUCCGCUGACAUUAUUUUCCUGGACGGCAGCGUCGGUAUCUGAACCGAACCGGGACCGGGACGAACCAUGACGGCCAGCAGCGCCGACCCACAUCCUCGGAUCCGUCCGCUUCUGCUCGCCAUGUUUCUGCUCAUUUUGAGUGUGUCUCUGGUGAAGGCAGCCUCUGAGUAUGACCCUUACAAGAUCCUGGGUGUCAGCAGGAGUGCCAGCCAGGCUGAAAUCAAAAGAGCUUACAAGAACCUGGCCAGGGAGUGGCAUCCAGAUAAAAACAAGGACCCGAAAGCUGAGGACAUGUUCAUCAAGGUUUCUAAGUCGUAUGAGGUUCUGUCUAAUGAGGAGCGAAGGUCCAACUUUGACCGCUACGGCCAGAUGGACGACAACCAGCCGUUCGGCCAGUCUCAACAUCACGGUUUCCGCAGCUUCCACAACAGUUUCUACUUUGAUGAGUCUUUCUUCCAUUUUCCAAGGUACAGAGACUUUGCAGACAGCAAGUACAUGCUUCAGCACGCGCAGUUCAACAGCGACGUUCUUCCGGACAGCUACAAGAGGCCGUACUUAAUCCAAGUGACCUACGAGUCCUGCUUUGCAUGCUUCCACAUCAAGCCAGUGUGGAAGGAGGUCGUGAAGGAGCUGGAACCUCUGGGUGUGGGCAUCGGCAUCGUGGACCUGGGUUAUGAGCGGCGCCUGGCCAGCCAGCUGGGAGCUCACCGCGCUCCCUCCAUUAUCGGGCUGGUGAACGGCAGGGUGACCUUCUUUCAUCAGGCCGUGGUGCGGGAGCACCUGCGGCAGUUUGUUGAAGACCUGCUUCCUCAGAAACUGGUGGAGAAGAUUACUGAUAACAACUACAUGACUUUCCUGGAAAACUGGCAUGCAGAAAAUAAGCCAAGCCUGCUGUUGUUUGACCAAGUCCCUGUUGUUCCUCUUCUCUAUAAGUUAACAGCGUUUGCCUUCAGAGACUACGUGCGUUUCGGUUACGUGGAUCAAGGAGAGACGUACAACUCUCGGCUGCUGCGGCAGUUCAAUAUAAACACAUACGCUCCCACCAUGCUGCUGUUCAAGGAGGACACAGUGAAGCCCGUUGAUAUCAUUCAGGCCAGAGGGAUGAAGCGGCAGAUCAUGGAUGAGUUUGUCUCCAACAACAAGUUCCUCCAGGUGCCGCGGCUGGCCAGCCAGCAGAUUUUUGAUGAGCUGUGUCCCGUCAAGCAGUUUCACCGAAGAAGAAAGUACUGUGUGCUGUUGAUCACGGGGGAGGACUCGGCUUUUCUUCCAGGGAAUAAGGCCUUUUUGGACUUUGCCACGGUGAACAAGAAAGAUGUGCUGCGCUUUGCGUACGUUUACCAGCGUCAGCAGCAGCCUCUGUGUCAGGCGCUUUUCCAGAGUCAGGCUGCUCUCUCGCCUCAGGUGGUCAUUCUGGAGAGGCGGAGCCAGGCCGGAAAGGUCCUGUUCCGCUGCGUGAGCGGUGGCUGGAACGGCAGCAACGAAGACAAGUACCACCUCCACGAGCAGCUGGAGCUCCUCCAGAAAGACCCCACGUACCUGAGCUCCGACGCCACGCUGCCGGAGCUCAACAACGAAAUGGCGCCCAUUUUUAUCAUUCAGUGGAUGAACGCUGCUUAUGAUUACAUCCUGCAAAUAUAUGACGACCUUCUCUACUCCAACUGGUCUGAGAUGAUGCCUAUCCUCUCCCUGAUCUUCUCGGCUCUCUUCAUUCUUUUUGGCACUGUCAUCAUUCAGGCUUUUAGUGAACCAGGUGAGAACGAACCUCGACAGUCGAAGUCAAAGACGCAAACAAAACCCGAGGAAGAUGCAUCAAGUAGACCAAGCACCUCAAGCCGUGCUCCCAAGAAAGACUUUGUGGAGGUGACGGAGCUAACGGACGUCACGUACACCAGCAACCUGGUCAGACUGAGGCCUGGACACCUCAAUGUGGUGCUGGUGCUCACCAAUGCUUCCAAGAAUGCAUUACUGAGGAAAUUUGCCAAAGAGGUCUUCUCUUUUUCUGGGACUGAGACGCUCCACUUCUCCUUCCUCAACGCUGAUAAGCACGUCCACUGGAUGCCGUCGCUUCUCCGCUCGGCCCGUCAGCCCAGCCAUUCAGACGAAGAGGAGGAGUCCACAGACUACACCGGUCACGUCCUGGCCCUCAACGGACACAAGAAGUACUUCUGUCUGUUCCGACCCGUCUUCACAGGCGACGACCCCAACGACUCGUCGUCCGAGACCUCGUUCUCCUCCGACAGCAGGAGGAAGUCCCGUUCUCGGUCCAGGUCCAGCUCCCACUCUCGGUCCCGGUCCCACUCCAGGGAGGACGGGGCCUCCUCCAGGAGGGGCGCCGGCCGGGCCACCAGCAUCGAGGUUCACCACAAGCUGGACAAGCUGGGACUGUGGAUGGAGAGACUGAUGGAAGGAACGCUGCCCAGGCUACACGUCCCCGCGUGGCCUGUACUCGGCGAUGCUGCCAGCAACACCUCCGCAGAGAGCUGAGGCUCAAGUAAGAACAAUAUCACUUUGCGGUUUGCUUCCUGAUUACAUAGACGUGUAGAAUAUUGGUGUGCCGAGGAAGCAAAGCCACCGUCAUGUCGCUUCAUUUGAUGUCACGUUCACGUACCAGUGCUGAGAUCGUUAAGCCAGUUUAUUGACUGAGUAUUUAAGGGACAGACAAAGAUUUCCUUCACGCCUCGACACACUGUUACGACUGGCUUCCAGCAUCAUGUUGUCAGAUAAAGGCUCCUGCAGACGUAGCCGUUUUAAUGAUAGCUUCGAACUAACUGAGGCUGUUGCACUGAAUUUAAGAAACACCUUUUUUUCUGUAAACUUUAAGAAGCUGCCAGUCAGAGCUUUGCUGUCAACAAUUGGACACAACUGGGGAAUUCUAGUAAAGUAUGUAAGUUCUCUGUAGUUCCAGUUUUGUUGCACUGGGUGGCAGAAGUGAAUCGGUGUGCCUCAGAAUUUGUUGUAUGUUGGAGCUUCAGCACAUGUGGAAUCACGUGAUUCCCGAGCGGCGGAGCGGCUUCCGCAGAAAUCUCUGCCACAGCAAUAUUAUUUUAGACAGUUUAUGAUGAAUAAUAUUACAUACUGCACCGGUGAGACGGUUCCGCAUGAAAUCAGACAAUAACUUAGAACUCUAGAUCCUGAUGUGUUUUUUUUUUUCUGCACACAUAAUGCUGCCAUGUCUUGCUGCUGUUUAUUUUCAGAGUUGAAUAACAAGUGUAGUGCGAUAGGUAAAAGGUACUGGAGUGGGACUCGUUACCUCUUGGACAUAUUUUCACCUGUUUUUUUGUGUUUGGUGGUCUGUAAGGGAGGAACUAUUGUUCCACAGUUCCCUUUCUAAUUUUGCAACCCUUAAAACAACAGACGUUUAUGCAUGGAGUAAGUAAAUUUCAGACCUUUAUGAAAAUGAGUUUUAAUGUUGAUUGGGAAUUUAUUUUCUCUUCUGUUGUUUCUGCUUUUAAUCUGUUUUUUUUUUUGGGGGGGGGGUCCGAUAAAUGCUAUUUUCUGUACACUGUGAUACCACAUAUGGUUUGUUUACUUGUAUGUCCUUUAAAAUCACCUUUAUGCCCUUUAUGAAUUAUAAAAAGUAAAAUCCACUAAAUCAAAAAAUGGUUUGAAAUUGUUUAUUUAUUAAAAUGUGUGUAAA